CAGACGUGGACGCGUGCGCCUUGAAACCUUAAACCGCCCCUUAUAAAAACCGUUAUUCCAGCCUCACGCGCAUCCAUUCGUCACCAGUCUGAGCAGACGGAUAUCUUAGAGCUAAGACAAACACGCGGCAUCCCUGCCCCCACACGGACAGUUGUAAAUAUCGGCCAGUGGAGGGUUAACACCGCAAGAGCUGUACGUUGUUUGCUUAGCGCGUCAUAAUCAUAGAGAUAUAUCGUCACAUCCUGUGUGGCUUCUGCUAUCUAGCCACUUGCAUUCUGGGGGAGUGCGGCUACAAUUACACGAGAAAAGGGUCCUAGUGACGCCAUUAAACAAAGAGCAUUUCUCCAUCAGGGUCCCAGUGACGCCACUAAACAAAGAGCAUUUCUUCAUCAGGGUCCUAGUGACGCCACUAAACAAAGAGCAUUUCUCCACCAGGGUCCUAGUGACGCCACUAAACAAAGAGCAAACACAAUGAGUGACUCUGACAGUUCCAUGGUCAGUUUCCAUUCGCGGGAUGACAGCAGUGGGCGGGGCCAACACCCACGUGACCUGGCCGAGAGGCCGCCGGAUGGUGGCAUCAUCGACAGCGGGGAUGAUGAGGAUGACGAUGAAACCAUGGACGAUAAUGUUUUCACCUCCGAGGACCUGGGAUCGAAUCCCGACGGGGGCUACAUUCGCUUGUCCAACGUCCCAUACCAGCUGUUACAAGCAAGGUCUCAGAGGUCACAAAGGUCCCUGUCUUACAACGGCCUGGCCGCGCCUGACCUCUCCCCCGGGGCCACAGAGAGCGACUACGAGCAGGACAACGCCCUGCCCGUCUACGACUACAUCCCGGACAACGGCCUGGACCGGCGCCACAGCUGUGAUAACGGCCCGACGACCGGCACCGGAAGCCGGAAACUGGUCCGGCGGGUGUUCACCAACACCAGAGAGCGCUGGCGGCAACAGAACGUCAACGGCGCCUUCUGCGAGCUACGGAAGCUGGUGCCCACGCACCCCCCGGAUAAAAAACUCAGCAAAAAUGAAAUACUCCGACUGGCCAUCCGGUAUAUUGAUCUACUCAACAAAGUCCUUGACUUUCAAAACAAUCAGCAGACCCAGAACGAGGCUACACAAAUAUACACGCCGGAAGAAACCUCCCAUUUCUGUAACAGCAGAGCGCUCAAGCGUCGACACAUUCAACAAUACGACCUCGGCUCCAGGUCAUCAACUGCUGCGCGUGACAACCGGCUCAGUUUUCAAAACGAGGCUAUGCAGGCUAUAAAUAGAAUCACUGACCCCGGAAACAAAACAACACUUCAGGAGUCAACAACGGCAUGCGCUCGUCACGGGAAAGACGGGGAACCAAGUCCAAGCAAGCGGGACAACUCGAACAUAAACUUCACAAAUAAUGGACAUGGUUCAACUGUCAAGAGAAUGGCUGAGACUAAAUCAAAACGAGGUGUGCAGAAACUGAAGAAAAAAUCGCCACGGCCAUCUCCAGUCGUGUUUCCUUACAAACAGUCCGGGCAUAAAUCAAGGCAGUUUGCAUCGACCUAACACCGUUAGUUCAAAGGUCAACACAAUGUGCACCCACCUAACAGAAUUUGGCCAAGGAUCAACACAAUUAUCAUCCACAUAAAACACAAAUAGGUCAAAGAUUAAUACAAUUCGCAUCAACAUAAAACACAAUUUGUCAAAAUUGAAGACAAUUUGCGUCCACCUAACCAUCUGGGCUUAAAGCAAUUUGGCAUCCACUUAAGAAACAAUAUUCACAUUCGGCAAUUUGCAACCCCCUUGAUAAAUUAAACGCCAAUCAACAGAUUAUUGCCAUAUAUGUGUUUAAGGUGGAAUGACGGCAAAUUAGCGCACAAUUUAAUUCCCUCAAAGUCUUGAACAGUGUCUUGUUUUUUUUUUCUUAUGUUUUACUCUUUGGGGAUAAUCCGACAGCCCAAGAUAGUAAAGUGUUCGUGCUAUACGGGCGUGGUGUAAUUUUCUAUAUACCUAGAUUUAUUUCGCUUAGUUGUACGUGUAUACCACAGGCCUAGGUGCUGCUUUGUAGAUCUGUUUUCUAUAAGAGUCAACAUCGGGACUGAAUGCUAUUAAAACAUAACCGUAGUUUACCUAGUUAUAUUUUUAUCUUAGCUACUCAAUAUAUAAACAUUUUUUAAAAUAUGUAAAUAAAAGCUUAA